AUGGAGGCCCUGAUCCAGAAGGAGCUGAUGCUCAAGAGCGGCGAGGUGGUGUCCACGUCGCAGGCGCUGGCCGGCAAGAAGGUCAUCGGCCUCUACUUCAGCGGCCACUACUGCCCGCCGUGCCGCAAGUUCACGCCGCUGCUGGACGUCGUGUACAACGACAUCAAGGGCGCCGGCCACGACGACUUCGAGAUCGUGUUCGUGUCCUCGGACAAGGAGGAGGCCAAGUUCACCGAGUACUACGAGGAGAUGCCCUGGAUCGCGCUGCCCUACGCGCGCCGUGACCUCAAGCUCGAGCUGUGCGAGAAGUUCGGCGUCAAGACGGUGCCCACGCUCAUCUUCUUCAACGAGAAGGGCGAGAUGGUCGAGCGCGAGGGCCGCCACUUUGUCACGGACAACUCGCAGGACAUCGACGCCAUCCUCUCCCACCUCCGCCAGGAGAAGAAGGAGUAG